CCGAAGAUGUCCCGAAGAUGUCCAGAAGAUGUCCCGAACAUGUUCCGAAGGUGUCCCGAAGAUAUCUCGAGCAUGUUCAGAAGUUUUAGCAAAGUUUUACCCUAAAAAGACGAGUUUUAACGGAGUUAGUGAUGGCUGUUUUUCCGAAAAAAUAUGAAAUUUUUGUAAGGUGAAUAUUUUUUCCAAAAUUCUAUCCAAUGCGAUAAAGGACUGAAUAGCAGAGUACAUAAUGUAUCUUUUUAUGCACUAAAAUUACAAACCAAUUUUUUCAAGAUUUUUGAGAAAAAAUUCGAGUUCUUAAAUAUAAGCAUUUUCAAAAAUUUCCUCCAAAUCCAAAGAUUCUCUUCUGGAAGUAUUGGCAAAGAGCAGAAAAAUGAAAGCAGUAUGAAACAAAACCUGCCCAUAACUGAUAUCACUCUUUUGACCUAUUAACUAUUUCUCUAUCAGUUAUCUCAAGACUAUCUUAUCUAAUCUAUGUGGCAACACUUUUUUUUUCAAAUCUCUAUAGAAAUUUUAUCUUUAAACAAAAAUGAUAAUCAUGUGGUGCAUACACAAACCAUAAAAAAAAAUAAUUAUUAUAAACAAGACUAAGCAAACAUACCACAUUACCUAUACCUACUAGACCGAGACCCAUAAAGUUAAUUUAUAUGCCCAGUUACGGGUACAAUCACAAAAAAAAGGCAAGCACAAAAGUUCAAGUCUUUCUUAAGAUUGCAGUCGAAAUGGAAUCUCUAAUAAAAGUACUGAUCGUGUUGUUUUGUGGUCUCGGAUAUAUUUCUGGCCAAAUGGGACCGCUUGUUGAAACAAACUUGGGCAAAAUUCGUGGUUCUAUUAUGAGAUCGGAAAAAGGUAUUGGAUUCUAUGCUUUUCGAGGAAUAAGAUAUGCUGAACCUCCAGUGGGUGAGAAUCGUUUUAAAGCUCCGGUACCUGUUAAAAAAUGGUUCGGCGAACUUGAUGCUACACGAGAUGGAUUCAUGUGCCCCCAAAAAGCGGUACAAUUGGAUUUUUUGUCAGAAGAUUGUCUUAUUUUAAAUGUGUAUUCGAAAAAUUUAAGUGGAAAUAAGUCUGUCUUAUUUUACAUUCAUGGUGGAGCUAAUGCCUUUGGAAGUAGUCACAGUAUCGAAGCAGCUGGACCCGAAUACCUUAUGGACAGUGAUAUUGUACUAGUCACAAUGAACUUUCGCUUAGGAGCUCUCGGAUACCUAACAACUCAAACAAAAGAUGCUCCUGGAAAUUAUGGUUACCUAGAUCAAUUAAUGGCACUCCAAUGGGUUCAUGAUCAUAUUUCGAAAUUCGGUGGAAAUCCAGGGUCUGUAACGAUAAUGGGCAUAAGUGCUGGAGCAUUUGCUGUGACUCUUCAUAUGGCUUCACCACUCUCUCAGGGCUUAUUCCAUCGAGCAAUUGCUAUGAGUGGAUCAGCGACCAACGAAUAUGCUAUUGAUAAUUUAAAAUGGACACAAAAACUUGCACAUGAGACCUCAUGUCCCAGAUUUAAUGCCGCAGAUGUCCUCGAUUGCCUUAGGAAAGUUCCCUGGCAGAAGAUUGUUGAAAUUUCUGAAUCCUGGAUGGCUUAUAAUUUGAUUGAUAUAAAAUGGAAUUACGAAAUUGAUGGACAUUUUUUGACAAAACACCCUACACAUUCGUUUGCUGAGGGAAAUUUCACCAAGAUUCCAAUUAUGACGGGGAUAACCAAGGAUGAAUUCACUUAUUUGAUUUUUAGUCAAGAAAACAAUACUGCAUUGUUAAAUGACAUCAGUUUAAAUUUCGAGAAAUAUGCCCCAGAAUUUUUCCUGCACAACUUUUCAGAACCGAUGGCAGCAAAGAAAACUGAAAAAGUUAGGACCUUCUAUUUGGGAAAUAAAACUAUUGCCGAACAAAAUUUGACGAAUUUCGGUGCGAUUUUCGCCGAUACACUUAUCAAUCAUGGUGUUCAUAGAUUGGUUGAUUUGGCAAGAAAGUAUGUGGAUGUUUUCUAUUAUCGUUUUGAUUUUAAUGGAAGCUUAGGGGCUUAUGUGAAUUGGGAAGGAAAAUCACGAGGUGUUUGUCACGGUGAUGAUCUUCAAUAUAUUCUGAAAAGACAUAAAUUACAAAGACAACUCAAUCGUUAUGACCCGGAAUGGUUUAUGGUUGAACGUAUGGUUGGGAUAUUUUCGUCAUUUGCACAAAAUGGAUCAUCACAAACAAUCGAUGGAGUGAAGUGGUUGUCUUCUAAUAAGACUGAUGUAAAUACCUUUUAUAUCGAUAGAAAAGUGAAAUUAGGCAAUGAACCGUAUGUGGAAAGAUUUCGAUUAUGGGAUAGUCUUUAUCCCUUGGGUAAAGUUGGUAGUAGUGGUGUUAAAAAUUCUGCAAGUUUGAUGGUUGUUUUAGUUUUUCUAUUUAAUUUGUUUAAGUUUGUGUUUUAAAUAAAAAUAAAGUA